UGUUUUUGCCGAAUAUCCGGCGAUAAAAGCCGGGGCAAGGUCACAACUAUAACAGUUCACAUCGAGAUGCUUUGGCGCUGGGAGUAUCUUAUUAUAGGCAUGGUGCUUCUGGCUGAACUCACCCAGUUGGGUGAUGCAGUGGCAACCACUAAUCAAAGAAAAAACAGGAGACUUAGAAGCUCCAACGGAAACAAGCUAGCGGCCAGAAGAAACCAAAACGGGAAUAAGAGCAGUGGCAAUCGAGCCAGAAAACUCGCCGCCAAGAGGGUCAAUCAGAACCAGAAGGCAACUACUUCAGAUAAAAUUCAAUCCAGGAUUGUAGGUGGCACCUCCACCAGCAUUUCCACUACUCCCUACAUUGUCCAGGUGCGACGUGGCUCAAAUCUGUGUGGAGGGUCCCUGAUCACCGAACGGUGGGUUUUAACGGCUGCCCAUUGCGUCAAAGGAUACAGUGCCUCCGAUUUCACAGUCCGCGGUGGAACGACUACCUUGGAUGGCAGCGAUGGCAUCACUCGCUCCGUUAGCUCUGUCCACCUUGCUCCUAAGUUCACCUCAAAAAAAAUGAACAUGGAUGCCGCCCUGCUCAAACUGAAUCAAUCCCUUACGGGCACAAAUAUUGGAACCAUAUCCAUGGCUAGCUAUCGACCUAAGGCUGGAUCAAAAGUACGCAUUGCGGGAUGGGGAGUAACUAAGGAAGGCAGCACAACGGCCUCCAAAACGCUGCAAUUCAUCCAGACUAGAGUGGUCAAGCAGAAAAAAUGCCGUUCGGAUUAUCGAGGCAAAGCCUCUAUCACCAACUACAUGAUCUGUGCCCGCUCUGCUGGCAAGGAUUCCUGCAGUGGAGAUUCCGGUGGUCCGGUGACAAGAAACAACGACCUGGUGGCCAUCGUAUCCUUUGGUUAUGGUUGUGCCAGAGCCGGAUAUCCCGGCGUCUACACAGCCGUCUCCUCUAUCCGCCAGUGGGCAAACAAUGUUAUGGCUAAUAAUUAAGGAUCGCAAGUCUGAGCGAUGAAACCCAACUGAACUAUGUCUUAAGGUCGUAAGUUGCUACGUCGAUUAAAUAAAUUUUGUUUACUAAA